AUGCACGUAACGACGGAGGGGGUAGCGACUCAAGCAGCGGCCAACGUGCUGCUAACGAGUUUGGCCGUCUACUUUCCACUCUUCAUAGUGCUAAUUCUACUGUACGAAACAGUGCGUCAUCGUGUGCCGCACGUGUACGCGCCCAACAAUCAUGCGAAUUAUUCUGAAGCGAAGCAGAGUUUUUUUUUGGGAUGGGUGCCUUUUCUGUGGCAUAUAGAUGAAGUAAAAGUAGCUGAAAAGUGCGGUUUGGACGCUUGGGUACUGCUACGCUUUAUGAGGAUAGGUCGCAAGGUGGCGCUGCUAUGCAUCAUGUGCUCAUUCGCCCUCUUUCCCAUGUACUUUUUCACAGCAGCAGCGAUUAAGGAGCAGGAAAUGCAGCGCCACCAUCACAGCCAACUUCUUUCCGAUCAAGGAGAAGAACCUAACGCUACUGCUGUAGCUGGCAUCACAUCCAUGAUAAUGAUGUUGCUAGAUGAGCAAGUAGUGGUUGGAAAUGGCUCAAGUAAUCCGAUGUAUUUCAAUGGAAAAGUGGAGCUUGAUGUUGUGGACCGUUUGACAAUUGCCAAUGUAGGUAAAGACGACUGGAGGAUUUUCUUUACGGUGAUAGUCGCCUAUGGAAUCAGUAUCUACGUUAUGCGAUUAUUGCUUCGUGAAUAUACAAUUUAUCGCAAGCGUCGCCACGAGUUUCUGAUGCGGAAACACCCUCAACAGUACAGCGUUGUCAUCUCAGACCUUCCUGUGUCACAACGUCACCCAAAAACGUUGCAGGCAUAUCUGGACUUUUUGUUUCCAGACUCAGUGCAUUCCGUUUACAUUGGAGUCGAUUGUGCAGAGCUGGAGAGACUUUUAGAUAAGCGUCAAGACCUUGUUUACCAGAUAUAUGCUGCAAAGCUCAAGUAUAGCGCGAAAGUUUAUGACCAUGGUGUGACCAAGCGACCUAAAGAGCUGAUUGGUCGUCGUUUUUUCGGACUCUGUGGUGAAGGAAUAGAGGUAGAUGCCAUUGAUCACUAUACAGAAGAAUUGCAGAGGCUCGAAAUGGAAAUCAAACGCACCCGAGAUGAGAUUUUGCAGCACCAGCCGGCACUGAGUACCCAAAGACUCUCCAAUGACAAGCAGUAUGGCUCGACAAGUGCCACGGCUACGCGAGGCUUUUCUACCUUAGGCAAACUGUCGGAAAAGCUUCGAAAAACAAAAUUGCGUAUGGAAGAAAGCCGAUGGGGCGAAGAGGGUUUACCGUUGCUCCACCCUGGGGUGCCUAUACCCAAGCGUCCCAACCUCACGCGGAGCUGUGCUUUUGUAAGUUUUCGCAGUAUCCGAUCUGCACAGGCUGCGCAGCAACUACUUCAGGUUGAAAAUCCGCGUCGCAUGGUCGUUCAGCCUGCACCUAAUAUUUGUGACGUCCAGUGGAAAAACUUUGGCCUGCCACACAAGGUAAAAGCAAAGUGGAAGCUCAUUUCCGCUGGAGUUUCUCUUUUGAUCGGAUGCUUCUGGACCGUACCUACUGCUUUCGUUGCAUCUAUGUCGAGCGUUGAUGAACUUCAGCAUAUUUUUCCGUGGCUAAAUGGUAUUCUUGAAAAAUAUCCCUGGAUAUUGAUCGCACUUCAACAGACAGCACCAUUGAUCUAUUCAGCGAUGAACGGCCUGGCAAAUGUAAUCUUCAAGUUUUUGUCCACGCAAGAGGGCCACCUAUCGAUAUCGGAAGUUGAAGCUAGUCGCUUUACCAAAUUGUGUUUCUUUCAGGCCUUUCAAAUGUUUUUUGUAUCGGCACUCGCGGGGUCUUUCAUAACAGAGUUCAUGCUAUUUUUGAACCAGCCGCGUAUGAUUUUCUUCUUUUUGGGCAACACCAUCGCUAACCAAUCUAUGAUGUUUAUCACUUUUAUCAUUACGCAAUUCUGUGUGGACAUGUCGCUAUUCUUACUGCGUAUAUCUCCAAUCGUAAAAUCUGCUGCUUACCACCUUCUGGCCCCAAUGCAUGUGAAGUUGCCAAAACCGCGAGAUUGGAUGGGACUUUGCCCCGUGAAUUACCAGACCGACCUUGAUACUCCCAUGAACCUAGCCCAGCAGUAUCUUGUCUUCUUGAUUGUUGUGGUUUUUGCUCCCAUCGCCCCACUUGUGGGAUAUUUUGGUGCUGUGUUCUUCGCGGUGUCUGAGCUUUCGUACAAGCGCUGUUUAUUUUUUGUCAACAGCUCCCGUUGGGCAACAACCAACUCAAUGGGUGUCUUUUGGCCACCACUGUAUUCAUUUGUUAUCGGUGCACUCAUCAUCGGGCAGUGCACGCUCGUUGGAGUACUAUCGCUUAAGUCUGCAGGGUUCGGACCAAUUGGAUUUACGGUAAUGCUACCUCUGAUCACUCUUAUUUUUCAUUGGUAUGCUGUCGAUCUAUCUCAUCUCAAGCGUGCAGCAGAGAAUUUGCCACUUGACCAAUGCUGCGACAUUGAUGAAGAGCGUAAGAAUGAAUCCUUUGAUUUCUUGGAUGGCGUUUACCAACAACCAGCCAUGAAAGAGGCUUUCCAAUCGCCUCCCAUUUAUGCUAGAGAUCCUGAAGGCGUCGGUGAAGCUAUUAAUGAUAUCAACAAGGAAGCCGCAACAUCCGCCGAGGAUCCUCUCGAGAAAACAUUGAAGCCAUCCAAUCCACGAUUUUAUCUAUCAAUUCUCAACCAGGACAAGAACAAAAGGGGCAAGAAGCUUGCAUAA